AACAAAGCAACGUUAGCUUUGCUAAUAAGAAAACGGGUAAAACGUACGAAAAGCAAAACAAAGAUAAAAAAAAUACAAAAACAAAGCAAGGAAAAUCGGUUAAAUAAACCUUUUUCAGAGAAGAAAAAAAAAAGCGGGCGAGAUUUUUUUCUAUACAAACGUUACUCUUGCGCUUUAAAAUACUGUGUUGUAAUUUUAAUAAACCCUAAAAAGAGAGUGAGAGAGAGAGAGAGCAAAUAUACAAGUUUACUGAGUGACCUUAUGAACCUAUGCGGGAGUAUGAGAGUAUUUUUGCUUUAAGUGUGUGUGGGUUAACUUGAUUUCACUUCCAAUCUAACCAAUCUAGCAGAGAAAUCGCAACAAUUGGAAUUUACGGAUUGGCAAAAUUUUGGGUGGGUUCUUUGCUGCACACACACACACACACACGCACGCUCUCACUCACUAUUGCUUGAGCUCACCCACUUAGUAUUGCACAUGCCCGCCCCUCUCUUUGCUCUUUUUGCAUUGAUGAUGGUGGCCAUUAAAGCCCAUCACACUCUCUGCCGCUCAUACAAAGGCUCAGAUUCUUAACGGUUAUAGGAAUCUGGAAGCAUUGCAACAACCGCGACGCCAGCAGAGCCACCACAAAGUACAACAGCUACAACAAAAAAAAAAGAAAUCCUCUAAAAGCACAACCAAAAAAAAAAGUACACAACAAAAAAUCGAGGCUGUAUAGUCAGUCAAGUCAAGUGUUUCAGUCUCAGUCGAAAAAUCAGAUUUCAUUCGGAGUUCACAUUGUGUGUGGUGUUGGGACAGUGUUGCAGCAGCUUUCAACUCGUAGCAAUACUGCCAAGCAAGCAGAUGGUGGCCACUAGAAGAACAGUGAUUAAUUUUACAGUUAGUCCAUAACAAGAUGCCAAAGCAACAAUAACCUCAGCUGCAAAAACGGCUCUCUGCUCUCAACUGACAAACAAAAGAAGAAGCAAAAAAAAAAAAAAAAAAAAUCACACACAAAAGUAAAACCAAACCAAACCAAAUUCAAAAGAAAAUCAAAAUCAAAUAGAAAUUCAAAAAUACCGACGCAAGUGCAAAUAAUCAGAGAAUUCUUAAGAAAAAAAUUCACAAGGAAAACAAAAAUUGAAAACAAAGUGAUGAAUUUUAUUACAAAACUCAAAAGUUUAUAAACCAAAAAAAAAAAAAAAACUUGAAAAAAUUUAAAAAAAAAAAGAUUUUUUUUGAAGAAUUUUGUAGCUUUUAAUUCUCCCUCUUCCCCCCAAAAUGGAUAUUAAACCCAUAAUUUUAACCUCAGCGGCAUUACCCACGGCAACAAAUACUCUUUCAACAGCUUCCACAACAGCGCUUACCUCCUCCUCAACAAACACCUCCGCCACAGUUUCCUCCUUUGCCACUACUUCCCCUAGCACGGCAGUGGCUACCUCACAUUUACCCCUGGACUAUAGUUUGGGAAAUUUUAAACCUGCCAUUGCUGCAGAUUUUCCGGGACCCUUUGUGAGCACCACUGGGGCGGCGGUAGUGUCACCAGCCAUAACCACCACAGCAUCAAUAUCAGCGUCUUCAUCUUCCUUGCAGUUAAGGGAUCUUAGCGUUUUAACCACAAUGGCUGCCACAAUACCCUCAUCUACACAUCUAUUGCAACAUAGAGUGCAUCAACAGCAGCAGCAUCAUCAUCAUCAUCACCAGCAGCAACAACAUCAUCUACAGCAACAAAGUCCUUCAUUGGCAACGGAAGCCCAAUCGUCAACCACAACACCCUCGCAGCAUCCUACUCAUCAGCAACAGGAUUAUCAACCUGUAUCGGCAUUUAAAGCGGUACUACCCAAAAAGAAAACUACCGACGAUGAACUUGCCUUCAGCAUAAAUCGUCUCGUCAAGACUGAACACCUACAGGUCCACAAUGCUGCGGUGGCAGCAGCAGCCGCCGCAGCAGUUGCAGCAAAUUCCAAUAAACUUAUCAAAGAGGAGACCAACAAUAACAGCCUAACCAUGUUAAGUAAAAAUCACAUACUACAAUGGAAAUUGGAAAAUGCCAGCAAUAAUAAUAAUGGUGUUACCCUGCAUCAUCAUCCCUUGGCAAGUUUAGAGGCGGAACGUCUGUAUGAACGUGCCUCCCGCUCAAGAUCACGUAGUCUCUCCCGUUCGUCAUCGUCACAAAUCGAUUUGGACGAUGACAGCACAUGUCGACGUUCUCUUCACUCCCGCUCCAGAUCACGUUCCAGCUCAGUAGAACUGGAAGUUGAUUCACCACCUGCAUCGCCGCUGCCACCACGACAUCCAGCUUCCAGACCCUCAAGUGCCCAUAAUACCCAUGAAAUGAUAAGCAGCAAUGGCAGCAGUAGUCGUACUAGUCCCAAAAAGUCUGAAAUGUUUUCGGUAUCUGCUUUGUUGCGCAAAGACGAUAGUAGUCAUAAAAGUUCCACGCUACAUUCCCAUCCGGCGGGUUGUGAUCCCUUUGAGGCAUUUCGUCAGGCCUAUCCGGCGGGACAAUAUGAACAGGCCAUGUUUCAGAGGCCAUUUCUAUCGCCUGCCUUUCCCUUUUUUGCCGCCUUUGCCUUUCAUCAGGGUCAACAGCAGCAAUCUGGUUUAAGUUCAAGUUAUCAUCCCGCCUCCCAAGAAGAUCUCUUUAGAUUGCGUAACUUAAUGGUGCCUCUGCAAACAGCCCACCAAAAUUCAGCUGGCAAUCCUGCUGGCGCUCAUGGUGCUCCCGGCGGCUCCAAUGGUCUACCGCCGAAUACUCAUUUGGGUUUGGCCGCUCAUCCUGCCCAUUUGCAUCACUUCCACCAUAUGGCCUCGAAAUGGCCCGGUUUACCGCAAUUCAGUGACCUGUACUCAUGCAUGAAAUGCGAAAAGAUGUUCUCCACCCCCCAUGGCCUGGAAGUCCAUUCGAGAAGGACACAUCAUGGCAAAAAACCCUACGCCUGUGAGCUGUGCAAUAAGACCUUUGGUCAUGAAGUUAGUUUAAGUCAACACAGGGCUGUUCAUAAUGUCGAAAAAGUCUUUGAAUGCAAACAAUGUGGCAAACGUUUUAAACGUUCCAGCACAUUGUCCACUCAUCUGCUGAUACACAGUGAUACACGACCAUUUCCAUGCAGUUAUUGCGGCAAACGUUUCCACCAAAAGAGUGAUAUGAAGAAACAUACGUACAUUCAUACAGGCGAGAAACCCCACAAGUGCCAAGUUUGCGGCAAGGCCUUCAGUCAAAGUUCCAACCUCAUCACCCACUCACGCAAACACACCGGCUAUAAACCAUUUUCCUGCAAGCUCUGCCACAAAGCUUUUCAACGCAAAGUGGAUUUGCGACGUCACAAGGAGACGCAGCAUACAAAUUUAGGACCUCUCUUAGAGCGUAAUAUGGGUAAAGUGGAAUUUUUGGCCGCAGCCUCAGCGGCGGCGGCAGCAGCUGCCGCCCAGAGUGGGCAAAAUGAAAAUGGUCUACACAACAAUGGCCCAACAGCGGCAAAUCAUGGAGGUUUAACAUCUUCACAAGCUUUGGGUGGCUCAUCGGCGCAUCCCUCACAUGCAGCCAACAGCAAUGCAGCCUUAAAUGCUCAGCUAACCGCUAUGAAUUGCCAAAAAGUGUCCUUGUUGGUAUAACAUCAUCAACAACACCAUCAUCAGCAGCAGCAGCAUAUUGAAGCAAAUCCUCAUUCUCAAUUGUUGUUGCAUGCAAAUCAAAUGCCAACAUCUAAUACGCAUUCACAUCAAACACAUCUGCAUGCUGCGAGUCAUAGCAGCAGCUCGGGUGUCUUAUCGGCAUCCGCAACUCCUCAUACUCAUAGUCAUACACAU